AUGACCCGACACGAAUAUGAAGAGAAGCUUUCUUCAGAGCUUCAAACACGACAAACUUUCCUCGUUGUGAUCGAGACACUAAUUUGCCUUGUUAUUACGGGAGUAUCAGUUCUGGGAAAUGGUCUAGUUUUUGUUGCUGUAUAUAGAAAUCCGCGACUAAGAAAACCUUUCAACUUGUACACAAUUUCACUAGCUGUUUCGGAUUUAACAUUAUCUGCUGUUGCAAUGCCGUUUACUUGCGUCUCGGCGAUGGUUGGAAAUUGGAUGUUUGGAGCAACGCUGUGUUGGUUCCAAGCGUCUUUGGCUACCAUGCUCGGGACAACAUCUCUGAUGAACAUGGCUCUUAUUGCAGCCAACAGGUUUUUAAAAGUUGUCUAUCCAAACAUGCAUCGCAAACUGGUGUCGGUUAAAACAAUUUUGAUUUCCAUAGCAUUUGCUUGGUGUUUCACGGGUGCCAUACCGGUAUCAUUUUACAUCACGAAUGUUCAUAAUGUGUUUCAUCCCGGCCAUAUUGUUUGUUUGUUUGACUUCAGCAGCGCGAGCUACACUCUUAUCGCUCUAAUUGGAGUUUUCGAAGCCUUUAUUCCUUACCAAGUCAUCUUUAUUUGUUAUUUUAAGGUGUGGCGUUUUGUUAAAAGGCAUACUUCUCAUAUGAGCUCUUCUAACGUAAAUGCCGAAGAUGUUCAUCUCAAUCGUUUGUUGUCGUGCAUUGUUGUCAGCUUCACAAUAUGUUACACUCCAUUUCUAGUGAUUAUUUUGAUCGAAAGUUUUCACGAACAUUUUCCUAUUCCUCGGCAAGUCUACUUCUUCGGCUCAGUUACGGUAGGGCUGGGAAGUUGUUUCAACCCAGUUAUUUACGGAAUUUUGAACAAGGAUUUUAGGGAAGAAUUCAACUCGUUAUGUCGAAUACGAAGAAGGGUCGAACCACAGGAAUAA